CUGUAAUCUCGUGUGUCAGUGGUUGACGUGCACUGAAUGCACGUGAAGGAGAGAUCCAUGUGUGGGAGAACGUGGAAAGUAGGAAAAAAUGGCCUGUCUACACUUUAUCAUUUUAUCAGGGAGAAUUUGUGCCGGAGUCAUUGGAGGGAUCACAAAUAGUCGUGGGUCGUUUUGGUAUUGCAGUUGGAAAUCUUGGGAGAAUUCUACGCGUUUCAAUAUUGAGGAGUCUGCCACGUACUUCAAGGAUCAUGUUCUCCAGGAAUAAUGCUUUAUUGGUAGUACGAAGGUAUUACUCUAUUGAGACAACUCUGCAGCCAAAAACUUCGUCGAGAGUUGAAGAACUUCGAAAACGAUUGAAAAAUCAUGGCAAUGGGAUUCUAACUGAUUCCUUUGGGAGAAAACACACGUACCUGAGAAUUUCUGUCACCGAACGCUGCAAUCUUCGAUGUUUAUACUGCAUGCCUGCUGAAGGUGUAAAAUUGACGAAAAAUGAGAAUAUUUUGAAGACUGACGAGAUACUGAGACUGGCGAGACUUUUCGUUAAGAGGGGAGUCAGAAAAAUUCGGUUGACAGGUGGUGAACCAACGGUUAGAAAGGAUAUUAUCGAUAUUAUAGCUCAAUUGCGACAAAUAGAGGAGAUCGAGAGCAUAGGAAUGACAACGAAUGGUUUAGUAUUGACUCGUCACCUGCCAGCACUUCAACGAGCUGGGCUAGAUGCCCUGAAUAUUUCCCUGGACAGUCUGAAGAAGGAACGUUUUGAAAAGUUUACCAGGAGGCAGGGAUGGAGUCGAGUGAUGGCUGCCAUUGACCUAGCCGUGCAACUGCAGUUCAACCCAGUCAAGGUAAAUUGCGUCAUCAUGCGGGGCUUCAACGACGACGAGCUCACAGAUUUCGUGGGGCUAACUAGAGAUAAAUCUAUUGACGUACGUUUCAUCGAGUACAUGCCCUUUGACGGUAAUAAAUGGGAUGAAAAUAAAAUGGUAUCUUUCAAAGAGAUGAAAGAGAAGAUUACACUCAAAUUUCCGGAAUUUCAAUCGUUGGAUAAUUCUCCUAAUUCUACGUCAAAGGCAUUUCACGUUCCUGGAUUUGCCGGCCAGAUAGGUUUUAUAACUUCGAUGAGUGAGCACUUCUGUUACUCCUGUAACCGAUUACGAAUAACAGCCGAUGGAAAUUUGAAAGUUUGUCUCUUUGAGGGUAAGAGUGAGGUUUCACUGAGAGACGCCAUAAGAAAUGGAGCAGACGACGAAGAGAUCGAGGAGAUAAUCGGCCUAGCUGUUUCCAAGAAAAAGAAGCAACAUGCUGGUAAACCAGUAUCAUCAUCACCAUCACCAUCACAAAUGCACAAUCAUCUCAAGAAAUACAUGAUAAACGGUCUCCAGACCUCGAGUUAUUCAAUUCGAAAAUUAAUAGCCCAGCAGUAUUCCUCGUUUUCCCACGUUAAUGCAGAGGGAAAAGCAAAUAUGGUUGAUGUGAGUAAAAAAAUUCCAACAGCUCGUUGUGCUAGGGCGAGGGGAAUAAUCAGAGUGGGACCAUUAGUUAGUGAAUUAAUUAAUCAAAAUAAUAUGAAGAAAGGGGAUGUUCUCCUUGUUGCCAAGUUGGCUGGCAUAAUGGCAGCCAAGAGGACGUCGGAUUUAAUUCCACUAUGUCAUCCACUCAGUUUAACCCACGUUGAGGUAAAUUUGACGCUCAAACAAAUUAAUAAUGAACAUGCUGUUGAGAUAAACUCCGAGGUGAGAUGCUCAGGUAAAACUGGGGUUGAGAUGGAGGCACUCACUGCUGUCAGUGUUGCUGCACUCACUGUUUACGAUAUGUGCAAAGCAGCUGUCUCUGCUGAUGAGAUGAUGAUUCAGAAGAUAGAGUUGGUUUAUAAAUCUGGGGGGAAGAGUGGAGAUUAUAUCAAGCAUAAUUAGAUAAUUGGGGGAGCCCUGACAUGGCAAGGGGAUUUCUUCAAUAGUUUCAUGAAUUUCCAAUUAAAAAAAAGGUUGAUUAGUUAUUUCUUAUCAAUAAUUUCGUAUACCGCAAAAGAUUGAAAAUCAUGUUGUUACCUUUUGCUCCUUUGUUAUUGUUGUUCUGGAGAUAUUUUUUAAAUAUUUUUUUGUAAGGGUUACGUUUUUCGAUGGGUUAAAAUAUUUUUAUGGAGUUGUUGAUUUUUUGAAUGUUUAAAAUAGAUACUGUGAGUAAAAUCAUUGAGUGUGUGAAGACAAAUCAAAUGUAACGGAUUGCGAG